AUGGAUCACGACUCAGGCGAAGGGAAGCUGGAGAGUGCGCCAAAGUUUGAUGGGAGCGACUAUUGGAUUUGGAGCUUCCGAUUCGAACAAUGGGCAGAGGCGCACGAUUUAUGGGGGUACUUUGACGGCUCGGAGGAGCGACCUGCAACGGGUGACGCACGGCUGAAGUGGGAGAGAAAAAAUCAGAAGGCAUUCGCCCAAUUUUGCAAUGCCUUGGUGCCAGAUGAGCUGAUUCGUUUGGUACGGGAGUUCGGCGGCAAGACUGAGUUGGGCAGCGCACCUGUUGAUGGCGCAGCAAGAGCAGUCACCCGGGUUCCUGCAGGCACAGCAGCGGCAUACACACGAGUGAAGGAGUUCUACCUUCAGCGUGGAUUGUGUAAUCGGAUGGCACUCUCUGAGGAGCUCUCCUCAUUGAAGAUGAAAGAGGGAGAGGGAGUGGCUGCAUACUGGGCGUGUGCCGAGGACUUGAGGUCCAAGUACUUGGCUGCAGGAGGGAAGGAGGAGGUUGAGGAGUGGAUGAUGAGGGUACUCAAAGGACUACCUCCUCACUUUGAGAUGCUGAAGGUGGUGCUGAACAACCAGUCAUCAUCACUCACUAAGGAUCAGCUGCUUACCUCCUUGAGGAGCGAGGAGAUGCGGAUUGGUGUCGCACCAAGAUCGGAUGGUGUAGCCACCUUUGGAGCGGGUACGAAAGUGGGCAGCGGCGGCAGGGGAAAUUGGGACAAGGGAGGAAAGCAUGGAGGCAGCGGUAGCAGCAGUGACACCAACUCGGGCAGAUGGGGUCAAGGGAAAGGCAAAGCGGGAGUGCUUGAUUUCCCCUGGGGGUCCAAGGGCAUGGCUCCUCGGGGGUUGUGUCAUGGCUGUUGGGAUGAGGGACAUGCAUGGCAGCGAUGUCCUCAUCGACCUAAGGGAGGCAUUCCGGCAUUCUUGAAGCGGGGGGGUCGUGGGUCCAACGGCAAGGCACAGGUGGCGGAUGAGGAGGAGCAGGAUGACAAGGCAGAGGCAGUGGUUGGAGAGGCAGUUGAAGCAGUGGGAGAGGAGCAGCCGCGAGAGGGGUGGUGGAUUGACAAUGGGGCCAGCCACAACUUUACUCCUUAUGCGUCAGACUUCAAAAGUAAGCUUCAGCCACCAGAGGUUCGGGGAGUUAGAUUGGGAGAUGGACGGGUGGUGAAAGCUGUUGGCAUGGGUGAGGUGCCAGUGGUUGGUGCUGGAGGUCAGCUGCUGAGGAUUCAAAAGGUCCACCUUGUGCCUGAGAUGAACACGCGUCUUCUGUCAGUCCCACACCUCACCUCUCGAGAUGUCAUUGUCACAUUCAAGGGCAAGAAAUGUGUCAUUCAACGAGGGGAGCGGGUGUUGGCGAUUGGAGAAAAAGAGAGGGGAAGGGACCAUGGAUUGAGUGCUUUGCCUGCCUCCAUCACACCAAUGGAGGCGUGGUCCGGCCAGAAGCCGCAUGUGGGCAUGGCUCGGAUUUGGGGUUGCAUGGGGAGUGUCAUGCUGCAUGGGCAUGAGAAGGGUGGCAAGCUUGAUGCACGGGCUGUCAUGUGUGUCUGUGUUGGGGUGGACACGGAGAGCAAGGGUUGGCGCAUGCUGGACCCUUCUCUCAUGCGCAUUCGCAUUGCUCGGGAUGUUGAUUUUCUUGAGAAUGUGAUGUGGAAGGAUUGGGACAAGGCAAAGGGAUUUAGGGAGCUUCUGCAGGAUGCAGCUGCAAUUUCCCAACUCCUCCAUCUUCCACUCUCGCCACCCUUAGCAACGGCUGACGACGUUGAGAUGCCACCUUCAUCACUGCCACCGGCACCGCUGAGUGUGUCGGUGCAGCAGCUGCCCACCCCUCUGCAGCAGCUCAGUGGCCCCUCGGUCAUUCAGCGGAGAUCCGCUACACAAGCUACUUCCUCUUCCUCCUCCUCUGGUCAGCGCUCUGUCCCUCUCUCUACGGGUGCCCCUCCGUCACCAGCGACUACCUCCCCACCACCGGUUACGGGUUUGCAGGUGCUUGGUAUCCAGUCUGGUACAGGUGGUGAGGAGGUAGGGGGGGAUGCUGGUGUGGUUGAGGGCAUGCUGUGUUUGGCCAGGGAGGUGGAAGGUGUUGCACUGGCAGGUGUGAGCACCGGUGAUGUCCCACGCACACUCGCUGAGGCCCUGCGUGGCCCUGAGGGCCCUGCGUGGAAGGCAGGCGCUGAGAAGAAGGUAAAUGCAAUGCGCACUAUGGCACUCGAGCGUCCUUCCUUCACGAAAUCCAUCUCCCUUACUGUAGCUGCCAAGCUGGUGAGGCGAGUACCGCCUGCACCAGAUGCUGCCCGCCUGGCAGCUGUGGCCCGCACCAGUGGGGAAGGGGAAGAGGGAAGGGUCACCGGUGCUGCCACCACCACCACCAGCGCCUUGCUUGCUCUUAAUGCCUUGAAUAUGCUGCCUGAGCCUGUGGGGCAGCAGGGGAGAGGGGGGCAGAACGCGGAAGGAGGAGGAGGGGAUAGGAGCAGGGGAGGGGGCGGGAGAGAGGUGGCGGGUGCUGCCACCACCACCACCAGCGGCUUGCUCGCCUCAGCACCUCGAAUAUGCUGCCUGAGCCUGUGGGGAAGCAGGGGAGAGGGAGGGAGAACGUGGGAAAAGGAGGAGGAGGAGGAGGAGGAGGAGGAGGAGGAGGAGGAGGAGGAGGAGGAGGAGGAGGAGGAGGAGGAGGAGGAGGAGGAGAAGGAGGAGGAAGAGGAGGAGGAGGAGGAGGGAGAGAGGGGAAGCGGGGGGGGGGGGGGGAGCAGGGGAGGCAGGGAGGAGAGGAAGGGGGGAGGGGAGUCAUAG